UGACUGAUGGUCAAUACAAGGCUAGCAUUAGCAACAACUCCGAGCAGAUGACUGAUGGUCAAUACAAGGCUAGCAUUAGCAACAACGCAAGGCUGACCGGAAAAGAGGACGAGGACGAGAGGAAAAGGAAGAAGGUCGCAACCACCACUACGGGGCGAAGGCUUGAGAAAGCAAAGGCGAAGAUAAGAGAGGGAGAUGAAACCUGGAAGCCCCACAGUAACAGGAAGAGAAUCCGUGUGAGGAGAAAGGAGGGUUUGGAGCCGGAGCAGGGGCAAAGGACUGAGACACCAAAAGCAAAGACAGAGAGGAGACAGGAGGAUGAAACCUGGAGUCAACACAGGAAGAGAAUCCGUGUGAGGAGAAAGGAGGGUUUGGAGCCGGAGCAGGGGCGAAGGACUGAGACACCAAAAGCAAAGACAGAGAGGAGACAGGAGGAUGAAACCUGGAGUCAACACAGGAAGAGAAUCCGUGUGAGGAGAACAGAGGGUUUGAAAGCGGAGCAGGAACAAUCAGAGGACAGUGAGACCCCAGAGCCUCCUCGGAAAAAGAGGAAACGCAACGUCUCUACAAAGAUAGAAGAUAGUCCUUUAGUGAGGACUGAAAGGGUGAAACUCAAUGACAGAACGAAGACUGAGAACGGACAAGUGAAAAUAAGCCUCUGUUCUGUCAGUCUGUCAACCAACAAUGUCUUAGCGAGAGAAAGAUUAGGACGGUACCUUUCCAACACCUCCACAAAGUCUUUGUCCAGCCUUGGGGAGGAAGCCAACCCACCUCCAGAAGAAAGUGAAACGGGGAACCCAGUAAGGGUGCUCCGAGCCAGGGAUCGAGAUGUGAAACGCCCUCCUAACGUUUGGUCUGCAACCGGGAGCUGCUCCCCAGUAAAACUUCACCAAGAAGACAAGCAGUCCAACAUGUCUUCUGAAACUCCCAGUCCCUCCUUCUCCGGGUUUCAAGCUCUGGCCAAAGCAGUUGGACUGCUCCAAAUCCCACCAACACCACCCCCGAAACGGAAACGUGGUAGACCCCCCUGUAAGAAACCAUCAGGAAAAAAACUGGUUUCCCAGGCUGGUGGUUUAUUCCCCACCAGUGCCAUGACAACGGGCAUCCAUGACGCGGAAGCUGUAGAGCACAAAAAGGAAAGAGGAGAAGGAGAACCGCAGGGAAAGGAAAGAGCAGAACCGCGGGGAAAGGAAAGAGGAGGAGAAGGAGAACCGCAGGGAAAGGAAAGAGGAGGAGGAGAACCGCAGGGAAAGAAAGGAGGAGAACCGCAGAGAAAGAAAAGAGGAGAACUGCAGAGAAAGAAAAGAGAAGGAGAACCGCAUAGAACGAAAAGAGAAGGAGAACCGCAUAGAACGAAAAGAGAAGGAGAACCUCAGAGAAAGAAAAAUGGAAGAGAACCGCAGGGAAAGGAGAAAGGAGGAGGAGAACCUCAGGGAAAGGAGAAAGGAGGAGGAGAACCUCAGGGAAAGGAGAAAGGAGGAGGAGAACCUCAGGGAAAGGAGAAAGGAGGAGGAGAACCUCAGGGAAAGGAGAAAGGAGGAGGAGAACCUCAGGGAAAGGAGAAAGGAGGAGGAGAACCACAGGGAAAGGAGAAAGGAGGAGGAGAACCACAGGUAAAGGAGAACAGAGGAGGGGAACCACAGGGAAAGGAGAAAGGAGGAGGAGAACCUCAGGGAAAGGAGAAAGGAGGAGGAGACCCACAGGUAAAGGAGAACAGAGGAGGGGAACCACAGGGAAAGGACGACAAGCGAAAGUGCAGGAAAAGGGUGAGGCUCAGGGAGGGACAUGGCAAAGGAGAGAGAGCAGAGUUGUUCCAGAGACUACCCGUGUUGUCUAAAUCUAAAACAGUUGUUCUAAAGCCUAGCUCGCAGACAACUUCCCCCAGUACCCAUGAAGAGCAGGUUCCUUCCAACUGUUCAGGGAUUGGAACCGGAACCAUUCUGCAACCCCAGCCGUCUGGUCAGCCACAGAACUCCAGUCCAAAACGAUCUGGAGAGACUGAAUCAGACAGAGACCCAUUGAGACACCCUGCUGUCAAGCGGACCCCCUCCAAGGGUCGGGCACCCACUGUGUGUCUCAAGAAGUUCCAAGAACUCCUGAAGCACAGGCACCAAAACACGAGGAAGUCCACCAAAAGCAAGCAGACAAAAGAAAGUGAAACUGAAGGACAGAAACAAAGUGAAAGAAAAUUAUUGAAACCCAACGAAAGUGACAACGGUCAAAAUGAAUCAAGACUGAUGAACAAAAACAUAAGUUCUUCCCAGUCUCUAGAAAGAAAGUCGGCCAUUAGACCAACCGUUGAUAAUGACCAUCAGACCAACCGAACAGAGAGCGACCAUCCAGAGGAAAAAGAUGGAGGACACAACAGCAGCACUUGUGGACAGGAGACAGAGUAUCAAGAUCUCAUCUACAAAGAGACUGAAAGAGAAAACGUUGAGGAUAGAGAACAUUUUGAGAACACAGGAAAUGUUUUAGACGGGAAAAACGUUGAUGCGUCAGGAGACUUUUUCAAACUCCGAGAGGAGCUGGCUACCUUAUCGAUGACAAGGACAAAGGACAUGGUGGAUCCUCAUCGGAGCGACAAAGGCAACAAGGAAGGAAGAGAUCUGGUUUCCAAGGAGAACAGAGAGAGGGAUACAGACUCGUCUACAGAGACAAACCAGAAGACCGAAAAGGGAAAAGGAUCCGUGGUGGAGGCGUAUAGAAGUGUCAUCAUCCAAGAGGUGGAGGAGAAAAUGGAGGAUGGCUAUUUGGAGAUGGAGAUCUCCAGCGAGGAGUUGGAUGUGGUUGAUGAGGUCCAGCAGACGUUGGGCUACGCCGGGGCUGAGGAAGUGAGUGGGGAAGAGGAGGAGAUAGAUGUAGAGGAGAUGGGUCCAACGAUGUAUCCUGAUGCAGCUUGGCAAGAGGGUCCCGGUGCCAGAGAAGGGGACCAAGUGAGUUCCACCAUGGCCAGCUUCAGAGGCAUCACCCACAUCCACCUCCCUCAGAAAAUCAAAAUGGAGACCGCUGCCCCCGAGAUGGCCGACGUGAGUAUUCCGACCCCUCUGGAGGCAGAGCCUUUCACGCUGACAUCACGAAGGGUCACCACGGGGUCAACAGGAAGCUGGGAGCCAGAGGAGGAAGAGGACGUGGAGGUGGACGUUCUUGAGUGGUCGCCGGAUGUGCGACCAAGAGUGUGGGGAGCGGGACUUGAGCAAGGCGUCACAGAACUGACCGAGGAAGACGAGAUAGACGUGAUGGGAGAGGAAACGGACUGAGUAAGUGGGAUGGUGUACUCUCAGGGACGUGUUCAUUUAGAAUCCAGUAAAAAAUUAAAAAAUAAUACAAUGUUGCCAUUGGAGAACGCAAGUGUGUAUUCUUCAACAGAAAGGCUAGCGUUGCAUGUAUGUUCUUCAUUGGAAACGUUUGUUAUUUGCAACAGAUUCUAAACAGUGUGUUCUUGAGAAGAAAGGCUACCGUUCCUAAGCAACCUCCCCGCUCCUCCUCUCCACACUGUUAACUAUCGGAGCAGCCCCAACCUUCCACACUGACUUGAUGAGACUAACUCACUAAAUGAGGGUCUCGCUAUAUAAAAGAAACAACCUUUGUUGAUUGUGAUGUUGUUUUUGUUGUACUGUUCUUCAGCAGAAUGCCUUAUGAGCCCUAGACUAGAGACUCGGCAAACGCAGAUACUCUUCUGUUACAUUUCAGGGCCUGUAUUGACAGCUUCUCAGAGUACGAGUGCAGAUCUAGGAUCAGUUUUUCCUUUCAAGUCAUAAUGAGUAACAGGGCCUACUCUGAGACGCCGGUGAAUACUGGACCCUGGUGUUCAUGCUGGUUAUUUUGAUACCUUCAGAAUCAGUCAGUGUCCAAUCAGAAGCACUUAAAUAUGUUUACAUCUGCCACUUUUGACAAGUUCUUUAUUUGUAGCUUCAUUGUUUGUAUAACUUUGUACAUUAGAAAGAAGGCCUGUCAUUUAAAUAUAAUAAUUUUGUUGUAUUAAAAUGGCUUUCUUGA